CGGCGGGUCCGAGCUCUUGGGCGCGCGCCCACGGCCUUACCGCCAGAACACUAGCGCGCUUUCGCUUCCUAGCUGCCCCCUUUCCCGCGCCUGCAUCUCCACGAGAAAGUCGCCAGCGCAGCGACCCUGACUAUUUACUCUAUUACGACGACACCUCGUACCCUUUUCUCCCCCCAAAGCUCACCCUCACCCGCACCCACACGCCUCCAUCACCCAAUUCUCCGGAGUCGAGCCUCUCAUCACUCACAAUGGCUGCUCCAUACAACCAGAACCAGUCGCAGCCCAUCUUCCCGGACAGCUAUGUCGGUUUCGACAGCAUCACCAAGCAGAUUGAGAGGAAGUCGGUGAAGCGGGGUUUCCAGUUCAAUGUCAUCUGCGUUGGACAGACUGGUCUCGGCAAGUCGACGCUCAUCAACACCCUCUUCGCCUCGCACCUCAUGGACAGCAAGGGUCGCUUCCAGCCCGACGAGGAGGUCCGCAGCACCACCAACAUCCACCCCGUCUCACACAUCAUCGAGGAAAACGGCGUCCGUCUGCGCCUCAACAUCGUCGACACGCCCGGUUACGGUGACCUGAUCAACAACGAGCGCUGCUGGGACCCCAUUGUCAAGUACAUCAAGGACCAACACAGCGCCUACCUCCGCAAGGAACUCACCGCCCAGCGUGAGAGGUACCUCCAGGACACACGCAUCCACUGCUGCCUGUUCUUCAUCCAGCCAUCUGGCCACGCCCUCAAGCCCAUUGACAUUGUCGUCCUCAAGAAGCUGAGCGAGUUUGUCAACGUCGUACCCGUCAUCGCCAAGAGCGACAGCUUGACCCUCGAGGAGCGUGCCGAGUUCAAGCACAGGAUAAAGGAGGAGUUCCAGUUCCACAACCUGCGCAUGUACCCCUACGACAACGAGGAGGACGACAACGAGGAGGUCCAGGCAAAGCAGGCCAUCAAGGAGCUCCUUCCCUUUGCCGUUGUCGGCUCUGAGAGGACCGUUGUAGUCAAUGGCAAGAACGUCCGUGGCCGCCAGAACAAGUGGGGUAUUAUCAACGUCGAGGACGAGAACCACUGCGAAUUCGUCUACCUCCGUAACUUCCUCACCCGCACCCACUUGCAAGACCUGAUCGAGACGACCGCACAAAUCCACUACGAGUCGUUCCGCGCCAAGCAGCUGCUUGCCCUCAAGGAGAGCUCUCACCAGGGCCAUUCCUCGCGUCCCAUCUCACCCGCUGCCGACCGCGAGCUUAGCAGGAACAGCCAGCGCAUGACCAUGAACGGGUACUAGGAGUUCCCAAAUCAUAAUCGCGUCGAUAGCAGCGGUGGCAAGCUGCCGAGCAUGCGCGGCGGUGGAGGGCUAGAGCCUCGCAUAGACAGACCUGUCCCCAUGAUCGAUGCUAUCUGAGUGGGAGUGCGUUGGACGGGCGAUUUGCGUUGCGGACAUGUUUUGAUACCAGUGCAUCAUCUAGCACGAAACGGAGGGACGAGCCAGAGCACGGGAGAGUGGGUGACUUUGUGACACUUCAGAUUUGACAACCUUUCUCAAAUAUCCUUUUAGUUACGAUGGAACCUUGAUACUUUUUCUUCUUCUCGUAUGUCAUAGCACGGUGUAGUGGUUGUUGGGCUAAGACGCUGGGUAGUGCCCGGUAGGAUAGCAAACUAAUUUGAAGCCUA